CUAUAUAAACCCAUGCAUCUCCAAACCAUCUUCUUCAUCCAUCACCUCACUCACCUAGCUCGAUCAGAUAGCUACUCUUUCCAUCUCUCCACACAGUCCAGCAAUGGCUGCAGCAGGUAGAGUGCUAGCUCUCCUCGCAGUCCUCAUGGCGGUCGCCGCCCAUGGCGAGGCGGCGUCGGUCGUCGUCGGCCUCGCCAAGUGCGGCGACUGCACCAGGAAGAACAUGAAGGCCAAGGCCGCCUUCAAGGGUCUCCGUGUGGCGAUCAAGUGCAAGAACGGCGCCGACGGCGAGUACGAGACGAAGGCAGCCGGGAAGCUCGACGGCGCCGGCGCUUUCCGUGUGCCGCUCGCCGCCGACCUCCGCGGGGCCGACUGCGUGGCGCAACUCCACAGCGCGGCGCAUAACAACGCGGCGUGCCCGGGGCAGGAGCCGUCGAGGGUCAUGCAGCUGUCGGAGCGCACCUUCGUCGCCGUCGCCGGCAAGACCCACUAUGUGUCGCCGGUGUGCGCGUCGGCGACCAUCUGCGAGCCCAUCAAGAAGCACUUCUUCGACCACUUCCACCACAACAAGCCGGCGCCCGCCGCACCGUCGACCAAGCCAGCGCCCAAGCCGCACCCCGACCAGCCGCCGCACCCUAAGCCGACGCCGACGUACGGAACACCGAGCCCGUACCACCCGCCGGCGAGGAACUAAUUGAGCCGUCGAUCGAGCUCACACAUUAUUAUGAUUCUUUUUAAAUUUCUGCUCUGCGUUAGCUUAAUGCCAUUAUGAUAUAUUGUUGUCAAGGUUGGAGUAGCGCAGACAGCUUUGUGUUAGUUGAUUUUGAGUUUCUUGGGUCGAUCGAAUAAGGUUUCAGGUUGAUUUGUGAGGUUUGAGUCAAUACAGGUGUGUUAGUAUCAGGUAGAUUUGUCUCAGGAUUCGUUUGCUUGUUUGUUGGAAUUAAUUUAAUUAAUAUGAUAUUUAUUUGUGUAUUUGUGUUC